UAUCUAAAAGUUCAGUUAUGGCAGACUUUCAAGGGGUUAAAUUAAUCUUUGCGGCAUUUUUAGACGUAAUUUUGGUUAUUGCGAUAUUUCUUUGUCCGUCACUUGCAAUAGCCAAAUUUGAGCUUUUUAGACAAAGUGGCGGACUACUUCAGUUUAAUCAAUAUAUCGAAAAUGGGUAUAUCAUUACUUCACUCAUAUUACCCUGUAUAAUAAUAUUGGUAAUUACUGGAAAUUGUAACUGGGGAAUCAGAACACCACCAGAAAGUCUGAGAUUAAUUUUAAUUAUUUGGCCAAUAUUCUGGAUAGGAAUUUCAACCGCAUAUACGAUUCUAACAAUUAACGAAAUGGGAGGCAUCCCAUUAUUAUGUCCAGACGACUAUAGUUACAGUUCAUCAUUGAUUCAAACAGCAUGCCAAGUUCGUCUGGCAAAUUUAAUUUCAAUGUGGGCACUUGCUAUAAUUUCAAUAAUUUUCGUUUUAGCAGUUUUUACCGAUAUUUUACCUAAACCAAAAGAUAGAAUUGAACCUGGAAAAGGAAAUGUACCACAAAGAUUUAGGAAAGAAAAACAAGAGAUUGACGAGGAGCGAAUUGCAGUGUUAUAA